CUUGAGGCGUGUGUUUGUUUUGCAGCCUGUCUGAGGAGUGGACACCGGUGAGGAGCUGUCAGCGAGGCAGGUGGAGUCUCUCCAUCCACUUCCCCAAGCGAAGCCCCCUCAGAGGGACACAGGAGCGCGGACACACAUUUCCUACAUUUUAAUGUCGGCGUUUCUUGUCUUUGCGAGAAUUAGCUGACAAGUCCGACCAUGACUUCGGUUUGGAAGCGACUCCAGCGAGUCGGAAAGAAAGCGUCCAAGUUCCAGUUUGCGGCGACGUUUCAAGAACUGAUAAUUGAAUGCACGAAUAAAUGGCAACCUGACAAACUGAGAGUUGUGUGGAUCAGGAGAAACAGACGUCACAGCACAAAGCUCCACAGCUGGCAGCCGGGGAUUAAGAACCCCUACAGAGGCCUGGUUAUUUGGCAGGUUCCAGAGAGCUUAGACAUCACUGUCACACUUUUCAAGGAGCCUACUGCAGAGGAGUUUGAAGACAAGGACUGGACAUUUGUUAUUGAAAAUGAGACAAAAGGUCGCAGAAAAGUGUUGGCAUCGGUUGAUGUCAAUAUGAAGAAGUAUGCCAGUGCCACGCCAGCCCAGUAUGAUGUAACACUGAAGCUGAAACCACUGUCUGUGAAAGUAGUGGAAGCCACAUUAAAACUGAACCUGUCUUGUAUCUUUCUUAAGGAGGGCAAGGCAACGGAUGAGGACAUGCAGAGUUUGGCCAGUCUCAUGAGUAUGAAACAGAGUGACAUUGGUAAUCUUGAUGACUUUAAUGACAGUGAUGAUGAAGUUAACGAGGAGAGAAGGGCUGGCUUUGGAACAGGACAAGUUACUCAUGCUACUGCAUCUGCUCCCUCUUCUGCAAGAGUGCAUGAUCUGGCUUGGAGGCCUGCAAUUGAAAAAGGCUCCACAGUAACCUCAGAGAUGGACUGGAAAAGGUCUUCUGGCAUUUCCUCCACCAUCUCGGCUCCAUCUCAUCCUCUUCUGCCUGAACCCCCAGACCCCUCUGUUCCACCUUCCUUAUUGCGAACCCAAACACAAGCACCGAGCACUACCGAGCAGGCUCGGCCCUCCCUCUAUGCCUACUCAUUGCCAGCCUUUACACGUGCUCACCCUCCUGCACUUCCCAAAAUCUUCCAGCCGAGUGGCGGAUCAGCUCCUCGAAGGCCCCAUAGCUUCCACAGUGACUCCUUUUCAGCUGAAGACUUGGAGGCCAAGGCUUUCCCUACCUUCAUCCCCCUUAAAGCCCUCUCCACAUCUUCCCUCUCCUCUUCACCCUCUGAUCCAUCUCUCCAUCCCUCUGCUUUCCCUGGCACCUCACAAACAGUCUGUCCUAGUGCCUGGGAAGCACAAAGUGUUCCUUGCGUUUCUUCUUCCUCCUCAUCACGUUCAGCUCCUACCAACUCCUUCCCUUCUAUACCUCCACCGCCUCCUGAUCCCAGGCAGCGCAAAGCUCGCCCCACCUCCGUGGGGGAACCGGGCUCUGCCCUCACUAGACCCACCAGUCUGCCAUCUGCCCCUGAGACAGCUUCCUGGCAGACUGAAUGGAGGCCUCCUAAAUCUCAGGCCCCUCUAGCACAGCCUGCCCUCUCUCCUAAGUUUUUACAUCUCUCUGCCAGUGAUCCUGGACAACCUGCAGUGCUGCAGAAAAAGCAGAGAAUAGAGAUACCAUCUUCAUCCUCUCUGCCCACUGCUCAGUCUUUGGAUCAGAAACCCCUGGGAGGUUCUGAAUAUGUUUCUUCUUGGAGACCUCAGGUCACCGCUGCAGUAGAGACCCCCUCACCCUCUCCUUUAAGCCUUUCCUCCGCUCUUGUGUUCUCUGGGUCUUCUCCUCAGCCUCAUAUAUCUCAAACUGCCAUUGUCUGCCAGAGUGAGCAGGAUGCAGAGUUCAAGAGGCAGCUGAGCACACUGAGCGAAGAGGACAACCAAUGUACAAUACCUCCAACCUCUGACCCCAGACCCCCUAUCAGCCGGAGGCCAGAAAUGUCUAGAGCUUCAGAACAAAGAAGAGAUGCUGGAUUUAGAAUUGAAGUUGUCAAGGCCUCAGCACGACCUGAGAGUAUGACCACACAUCUGACCCCUAGUCCCAGAGUGCCCUUAGCACCAGGGUUAAAAUAUUGUAAGAUGCCAAAAACACAGACGGAUCAGACAGAGUUACGGUCAACAUCUGCCAUCGUCCGGCCAACACUUCCUCCCUUCACUUCAACACCUGAGCAGAACCUUGAUUUUCAUGAUCCAACACCUACUUCAGUAAAGGAGCGUUUGGUGAAACCAAGAAGUCACUUGUCCCAGAUGUCCAUUCAGUUAGGAAAUCCAAUAGCCCAGCCAGAACCUGUUCAGCCUAUAGCCCUUUCUUCUACCAACCGACAGCCUACUUUGACACCGUCCCAGGAACCUUUGUUGUACUUGCCUGAAGCUGCUACAAACUCUGACUCAAAACUAACAGGAGGAACAAUAGCUCUUAAAAAAGAAGCUCUAACUAUGGACUUGGGAAAUGAGAGCAUGGCUACCUCAGUGUCAUCUUGUCUCAGAGAUGCCAAGUCUGCUUAUCCUCCAGUGGUGAUGGACAAAAUGCAGGAAACUCAGUCUGGAAUACGGUCCUCUGUGACAAACGUACAGCGGAAAAAACCACCAAGAAAAAUUUUAAAAAGCAAACCUCCCGUUCCAAUACCUGUUUUGGAUAAGAAAGCUAUAUGCAACAUGACUGUCCAAGAUCAGGUCACUUCAAGCUUGGAUUCCCACUUUGGACUUAUCUCAACACAGCAGCCCACAACAAGAAAUUUAUCAAAACAAAGACAAGAAUCUCAUGUGAAUUUUGCGUCUUCUUCAACACAAAAUGAUUUUGUGCUUGGUUUGGAGGACAGUAAAACUGAAAAUUUGUCUUUGUUGAAGGACAAGGGACCAUUGUGUCAGAGAGAUGGAGUUACACAGGAACUUGUGCUACCAAGCUCUGCAAUCAGUACCGAAGAAAAGUCUGUGUACAUAUCUAAGGUGCAACUCGGUCCUUUGUGUCCAAGAGGGAAUUUAGUUUCUCAUUUACCUUCCACUGUACAGCCUGAAACUCAAAUUGGAGGAACAAUGAGAGUACCAAGCAUGAUCAGGUUGCUCACAGGCUGCCCACAAUAUUCCAGCAUUCCUGGCAUGGUAUCUUUACAUCAGUCACAAGUCAUGUCUUGGCCAAAUGAUAGGCACUUAUUGUGUCAAAAGUUACCCAGUAACAGGAUGCCAUUACUCUUGUAUUCAAAUCAAAUUAGUUCACUUAAUGAGGAUAGUGCUGAAAUUGCAAAAAUGGUUACCAUAAUUUCGUCCUGCACCAAGUCAACCAGUAUCCCUGGAUUCCCAUCCACAUUGAAACAUGAGCCAAAUAUGACUGACCUUUUACCCACAUGCCCCAGAAUUUGCAGGAUUCCAGGUUUAGCUUCAGUUGUAUUAGUAACUGACUAUGAAAAGAAUGUUUGGGACAGAUGUUCACUGUGGAAGAAAUCGCUACAGAUAAAGGAAGCAUUUGUUUUACAUGUGCCUUGUGUUCAGGAACAAAUUGUCAUGAAUACUAAUAAGAUUAAAACCAUGGUGGCCAUGUUACCAACAUGUCCUAUAAAGGCCAGUGUUCCAGGGUUUCCUUCUGCACCAUUGCAGCAGUCUUCAAACACUCUAAGCAUGGCCAAUCUUCUACCUACAUGUCCAAAGGAGACAAUGAUUACAGGUAUGCCUUUUAGACAAAGCGAUAUGUCAUUUAAUGGCAACUGGCAUAUUCUGAGGGACUCCAUCAUAGAUAGGCCAUUGAAAAGGAGUCCUGUUCUGCUUCAGGGGAAGUCACAUGAGGAUGAAAAACAUAUAAAACACAUGGUCAAUAUGUUACCAUCUUGUCCUAGGAGGCAAACCAUUCCUGGGUUUCCCACUGUGCCAUGCAAGGACUCAAGUAUGGCUAGUGUUCAAUUUCCACAAAGGCAAGAUUAUAGAAUGGCAGACUUCUUGCCUUCUUGUCCAAGAAAAACCACAGUCAUUGGUUUACCCUCUAAGGAGCCAGUUGGUGAAGGUUUGGUUAUAACCAGGCAUGUUUUAUUAAAGAAACAAUUUAGUAAAGGUGAUGUUUUGAUUCAGGAUAUAUCCCCAGGUGCUGAUCAAGAGCCAGACAAAAGAGAAAUAUUCAGUUCAGUUGCAAUGCUACCCUCGUGUCCUGUGAGGUCUUGCCUUGUGGGUAUUCCUACGCGACCCCAAAAACUGAUACCUAGUGUUGUCAGCCUGGUGGUUAUGUGCCCUAAACAGACCCAAAUUCCUGGAAUCGCUUGUCAAGAUCAGAGCUUUUCACAAAACAAAGAAUGGCAUGUUUUGAGUGGAUUAAUUAACAAGUCGGCAGAGAAGAAUACUCAAACUUACAUUGCUCAGUGGAUGCCGAAAGAUGCAGAAACCAUUAAAGAUAUGGUAAACAUGUUGAUAAGUUGCCCACAAAAAACCCAAGUGUUUGGUUUGCCUUCAGCUCCACGACAAGAACCCAGUAUGGUAAACGUAAUGCCCUCAUGCCCCAGACAUAGUGGAAUCCUCGGUAUACCUUCAAAGAUUGGACAACAAAUGGGUUCUCUCCACUGUAUGGAAUGGUUUACUUAUAGAAGCUUACAGUGGGAGACUCCAGUUAUCAAAAGGGAAAUGCUGAGUGCAAAUGCUCCUUUGUGGUUUGAUAAAAGAAUGUGUGUAAUGUUACCCUCUUGCCCUGAAAAUGCCAGGGUACCUGGGUUUCCCUCUGCUCUUAUGCUGACAGAUGGGUCAACUAUGGUAAAUUUCCUGCCUAGUUGUACAAAACAAUCUAGAGUUCCUGGAAUGCCACUUAAAGACACCACCAAACAAUCUGAGUGGUACACGGAGAGAAUGUCACUGUUGUGCCCUAGGGAGAAAUCUGUAGUUACCGUUUAUGUAGAGGAUGUUAGUGUGUUCUAUCUGGACUGUGAAAUGAUUGUAAAUAUGGUGUCCAUAUUGCCCUCCUGCCCACGGACAGCCUGCUUACGAGGCUUUCCAUCGUUACCAUGUCAGAUGUUGGAAGAUGCACCAAGUAUGAUAAGUCUGCUACCUACUUGUCCUGUUCAAUCCAGAGUUUGUGGAUUGCCAUCUAGAGUCCACAGUGAGUUGUUUCAAAGAGAAUGGAGUGUAAACAAAAGACCAGUAUGGGAACAGCCAUUAACAAAAUCAGGGAGGUCAUCAGUAAUCCAUAACCAUGAGAUGGUUUUUAGAGAAAAUACAGUGGUUAGGAUUAUGGUAUCAAUGUUGCCAUCCUGUCCCAAACAUUCUAAUAUUCCUGGAAUUCCUUCUAAGGCAAGAGAGAGAUCAGUGCAAGCUUCCAUGAAAGAGGCUGCUACCAUGUUAAAAUCUGUAGACACUUUUCCAAAGCAUAGUACAAUUCCAGGUUUACCUGGACAGAAUGUUGCAAAAGAAUGUGAUGGCUGGUAUGUGGAUAGGAAUGCAGUAUGGGAGACCCCGUUUAAUAGCAGGUAUGGAGUUUUUUACCAUGAUCAUACAGUAAAGGAUCUGUCAUACAGGGAAAAAGACAUAAUGCUGAGCAUACUUCCAUCUUGUCCACGACAAGCCUUGAACCCUGGAUUUCCAUCUGCUCCACGACCCAAAGCUGUUGAUGUCAUUACUGAAAAAAAUCCAGACAUGGUACAGAUGACGGCAUGUUGCCCCAGACAGUCAAUAGUCAUAGGUUUCCCUUCAAGAGUGUCAGUUUUUUCUGAUGCUGAAGUAGGCUGGCCAGUGGUGAUGGCAAAGAUGCAAGAGUGCUGUGAUUUUAACAAAAAGUAUUGUUCUCCCCGCAAUGAAAUAAUGAAGGAAAUUCUCUCUCUUGAACCUUCAUCUGCAGAUAUUGGUCUUACUUCCUGCUUCACAGCUGUUUCAAUGUCUGACACUGACCAACUUCCAAAUAUGGCAAAUAUUGUCCCUUCUUGCCCAAAGAAAUCAUCUGUUCUUGGGCUGCCCUCAACAAAUGUGCACCUUUCCGGACAGGGAUGGCCAGUUAAAAUUCCACAGUGGGAGGACUCAGGACUUGAAAAAAAUGUGAAGAAAAAAGAAAAGCUCAUGAGUCAACACCUAUCAUUGGAAGAACAACCUGUUUUACCAGAGGAUGUGGAACAAACAAUGAUUAUUGAGUCAUCGACCUUUCCUGAUAAAGACGCUGUCAAAGAUGUAUCAUCAUCAAAUUCUGAAGUCCAAGUGAAUCAACCAUCCUCGAGAGAUGAAAAGAUUGAGAUAUUAUUGGAUGAGGCCAACCCAGCCAGAUUAAACAAUGACGCACAGAAUACAAAAUCAGAUGUGUCCUCAUAUCUGGAGAUGUAUAAAGAUGAACAGGGCUUUUGGACACCAAAUAAGGAAGAUGUAGAUGUUCUAGAAAAAGGAAAGUUGCAUUGCAGAAUGUGGCACUCCAUUCCUGACAUGCCACUAUUCUUGACUGUUAGGAAGAGCCUGAUGGGUCAACAGAAUACCGAAAAGGGAGAUGCUACUGUUAAAGAAACAGAGACUAUUGAAGUCACUGUUGAGGAACGGGGUUUUUUGCCUUUAGAUGUGCCAAAUAAAACUUCCUUAGUAGAGUCGAUUGAUGACAUUUCUACACAUUAUGAUACUGCGGGUCAAAAAUGUGGUAGUUGCAGUGGGAGUGGAAAUGAAAACUUGGUUUUACCACAGUCAUCAUGCUUUGUUACUGGUGCAACAGGACUCUCAACUCAAACCCAAAUAAAUCAUGCUGAACAGCAGUCGCAGAAACAUCCUUCAAACAGGAUUGUGCAAUGGGAGGAGCUACCAAAGGUUGCCACAGAAAAAUAUCCUACUGACAGGAUCAUCCUAUGGGAAGAGCUACCCAAGGCAGCUACAGAGGAAACUAGAAAAGCAUCAGAGGAAGAGGUGGAAAUGAUAGAAGAAAUUGUUGGCACAGUCCCGUUGUUCCCUGGGGUUUCUAUGAUGUUACACACUGACGAUAAUGAUGUUGAUGAUGAAAUUAAGACGAAAGCAGAUGCUGGAGGGGCAGACCUGUUGCCGAUAUGCCCAACUAACAGUGGCACAUUUGAAUUUCCUACUAUUGUUAAAAAAUCAGAUGAAUCCCUUCUGGCCAGUGACUUUACCUGGAAUGAGCCUUCAAAGGAUAAUGACAUUAUAACCACUGAGCAUCCUCUUCAUGUAGAAAGACACGUAGAUCUAGCAGAACAAAUGAUCGAUAAUAACUCCUCCAACCCAAGUGCACUGUGUGUGCCUUAUUUUGUGAAGCCUGAAAUUGACCACAGACAGUUCGCUUUAUUGGAAACUUGUUCCAGUGUGACGAACAUUGCUGGCAUGCCGUCCAAAUUGCCUGUUAAUGAAGAGAAACACUGGUUUAUAGAGCAAAAGGUAAUUUGGCAGAAAUCGUUAAACAUGAAGGAAAUAUUGCCACUGUGUACAUUAAAGGAGGAUGAAAACCACAGGACGGAAAUGGUUUUACUGGCCCCCACUUGUCCCAAGGAGGUUAGAAAUCCAGGGUUUCCAUCUGUACCGCAGUAUGGCUUAGUUUCUCAUGGACCAGGUGUGGCAGAUAUUUAUCCCUUUUGUUCCAAUAUAAUCAAUAUACCUGGUUCAGCAUCAAAUGACAGCACAUCAUGGAUAUCUCAACUGGAGCCAGUCUUUGAAAAGAAAAUGAAAACUGAACUUGGUACCCUGACAGUUCUACCAAAAGAAAAGGAUGAAAUGAAACAAAUGGGUGCAGUGGUACCAACAAAGGAUUCAUGCAUACCAGACAUCACAUCAAUUCCACCACCCACUGUGUCACAUCAUGUAGCAGAAGGGAUUAGCAUUUCAGGUUCUUGUCCAAACGCCUCUCAAAUUGAAGGCAUUCCAUCAUUAUUGGAGCAUCAUUUGUGCGAAACUAGGGCUACAGAUUACAAACCCUUUGCAGUAACACAACCAAAAAUUAACAAAGUCAUGAUUGAAGAUAGACCUCACCAUGAUGAAAUGGAGGCCAUGUCAUUAUUAGCCCUAACCUGCCCCCAAAAAUCUUCUAUACCUGGAUUUCCAUCUGCUUUUGAACCUACCAUCAUCUAUAAUGUGUCUAGUGGGGUUAAUCUUCUUCCAUCUUGCCCAACUGUCUCAAGCAUGACUGGCUUUCCAUCACUACAGAAUGCUGACAGCAAAGACUGGAACACCAUUCAUGUGCCAUUAUGGGAGAAGCAAACUCAAAAUGAAUCUGUAUUUCUACUGGAGGACAAUAAAAUAGACACAAUCAUGAAAGGAGCUGUUUCACUUGCACAAAGUUGCCCAAAAGAAUCCUGCAACUCAGGAUUUCCCUCUGCACCAAAACCCAGCAUCACUGAUGUUGCUGACAUGACAAAUAUGGUCAGUCUUUCAAAUUCAUGCACACAAGUGUCUCAAAUAGCAGGAUUUCCAUCAUGUCAUGAUCCAAAAGAGUGGACAAUCAGCAAGGAGCCACUUUAUGAACCACAGAUGAAAGAAGAACAAGUGUCACUGAUUGACAUAUGUGAAAGAGAUAAGAAAGCAGAGAAAGCAAUGGUUUCUCUUGUACAGUCCUGUCCCAAAGUGUCAAGUAUUCCAGGUUUCCCAUCUGUUCCACAUCCCAAAAUUGUGCAUUAUGACUUAAAUGUAGUCAACCUCCUUCCUUUGUGCCCUCUAAUUUCUUCUAUACCUGGAUUUUCAUCAAUUGAAGAACACAAGCAAGAAGGAUGGGCUUCUGGAUCGGGUUCAUUGAUGCACAGGCCACAAAAGAAUAUCCAGUUCAGGAUUAAACACUCCCCAAUUAACAUAGACGAUUCAAGCUACAUGCUUUCUCUGGCUCCGUCUUGCCCAAGAGCAUCAGUAAUUCCAGGAAUCCCAUCUGUUGCCCGAUACAAUAUUGUAAGUCUCAAGUCAGCUUGCCCCGAAGUAUCCAGUUGCCCAGGAUUUGCGUCCUAUGAUGGGAGCUCCAAAUUUGGAUGGAUUUUUGAUCCACACGCUCUGUAUGUUAAUCUUCCAAAAGAGACAGUUUUUGUGACUGACAGUCCUAAACAAGAUGGGCAAACUGUGAAGACAAUGUUAGCCUUAGCACUGUCUUGCCCAGAAGCAUCCAGGAUCCCUGGAUUUCCAUCUGCACCUCAACCAAAAUCCAAGCUUGAACCCAGUAUGGUAAAUUUUGCAUCUUGCUGCUCCACUGCUUCACGUCUUGAAGGAUUUGCAUCCAUGACUAUUGUCCCAAACAUAAAGUGGCUAAGUGGAACAAAGCCAAUUUUACAAAAACCUCAGAAGAAGAGGGCAGAAGUAAUUAUUCCACAUACUGGACUGGAACAACUGGACUGCUACAACAUAAAAGGCAUGCUGACAUUAGUGACAUCUUGCCCAAAAAAGGCCAGAUUAUGUGGUUUUCCUUCUGCUGAAAUUGGAAAUAGACCACCAGAUAUGGUUGGUUUAUGCACAUCUGCUCCAUGUGUUUCAUGUGUUCCAGGUUUUCCAUCAUUAAGAAUGCUUAGCUAUGAAUGUACAAAUAUACAAACGAGGACAACAAAGAACAAGAUCUUGUUUGAAAAGCUGCAGAAUGACAAGAUUCUGAUUGCAAAUUUUCCUGCAAAACAUGAACAUAAACAAGAUGAAAUGAAGGACAUGGUAGCAAUGGCUUCAUCAUGUCCAAAUCUGACUCAAAUUCCUGGACUUCCCAGUAUUUCACAGUUAAAUCCAACAAUAGAAGAAACAAUCGCUAUUCCAUUGCUGCCUCCUGCUGAAAAGUAUACAAUGCAAGAAUUGCCCAUUGCACAGUUAUGUCUCAAAGACACAAGAAUUCCUGGUGGUCCCUCUGCAUCUGUUAGCUGUCCCAGUACAGAACUUAAAAAUGAGAAGAAAGUCAAAGAUGGUGCAAAGCAAAACAUAGAACUUUGUGUUGAUAAUGGCAAAUCACAAGUAAAGAGGACACCAGGAGAGGAAGCCCAAACUGUGAAGAAAACAGUGGACACAUCAGAGCCAGUAGGAGUCUUGGGUUGGGAAGUAUUGGAGACAGAGGGAACAAUGACAGAAAAACAGUCAGAUUCCUCUAUGUCAGCAAAGGAGGAACAGACCUUUGGAUUAGUAAAGACUAUUGUAGGUGUUUUCCACAAAGGUUAUGAAACAGUAGCAUCCAUUUUGGGGCCAUCUAGCUUGGCUUUAGCUGAAGUUGAUCACCAACCCAAGGCUGUCUCUUCUAUGGAUCUAAAUGCCAAGACAGUGACCCCUUCGGAUGAGUUUUUCCCACAGUUCACAGAUAUCCCUGCAUCCAUACAGAAGACAGACGACAAGUUUGAAGACAUUCACACCACACUUGCUGAAUAUUCAACAAGUGUGGAGCCUUACAUGCAGUACUUGGUAGAUGAUAGAGGGUCUCCAUCACCAACUACCGACAGUGAAGAGCAGUUUUUAGUUUGUGCAAGCAUGAAGAAAUGGCCGCCAUUGACAGAGGCAGAUAUCACUGAAAUAUCAAAACAAGAUAAUAAACGGCAGGACUCUGAGGUAGAGACUGAGGUAGAACAGGAUGAGGUUAGAACAGUGUUGACUUCUUCGUUGCUGGACAAAGGCCCCCAACAAAACAGCUUGGAAGAAAUGUCAGCUACAUCCCUGCAGCCUACAUCAAACAACCCACUUACAAAUACUAAUACACAUAGAGAGGUACUCUUGGACAAACCGUCAGAUGAUCAAAACAUUAGUCCAGUUACAGCACAAACUGACAUUGCUGUCCCUCAGCGGGGUAGAAAGCCGAAGCGAAAAGUUCAAGAACCUCAACAGAAAGGCUGUGAUCAAGAAAGAGACAGUGUUCCUGUACGACCACUCAGGAGGAAGGAUAGUUUAACGCCAGACCGCAAACAACAAGUUGACGUCUUGUCUGUCAAGUGUCUCCCUGAAGUUUUUCCAGUUCAGUCUGUAAAGAAAAGUGCUACUGGUGAAAUAUUUCCUACACAACCGGCCACUGAUGUAGCCCCCUCUUGUAACAUAAAGAAAACAGACAGUAAUGUUCCCCUAGGUGUACCUCAGAAUAGUCAUCAACUUGAAAGUGUUACCGCUCAAGUGACGUCUUCCACAGAUGACUGCAAACACAAAGGGGAAGCUGAAUCAGCGCAAAUAUCCAUGGAUGUCAUUCCUCCUCCUCGUGUAAAAAGAAGAGACGAUAGUUUGUCACCUGAAACUAGACAAAGAAAUGCCCCUUACAAGCCACUACGUGUCACUACAGAAAAAUCUGUUCCAGUAGUUCAUGACCAACAUAAUUUGAACACUACAGUUAGUUCUACUUUGGAAACAGAUCUUGUUAUUUGCCAACCUUGUGAGAGAAGCCCUGAUGUCUCAGGUAGUCUUGAACCAUUGCUGAACAUUGAUAAACUCAGUCAAAUUGCCAAUGACAAGAGCUUCUCACAAACAACAGAGAAAAAAGAUCACAUAACCAGAAAACUUUCUCAAGAAGCUGAUUUGGGUGGGAGUGCAUCCCUACGGACAGAUACAGAAUUGGUGUGCUCAAAGGACACAGUACACAUCUCCUGUCCUCUGGAAUGUCCCAAAAAAGAUACUGAUACUUCUAUCCAGGCUUCCUCUCACAAAAUUCCACCCUCUGACACUAAAGAAAUUCAGAGCAUCAGGCCAAAGUCAGAGGUAUUUCAUGUUGAGCAAACUGCUCCCCUUUCAAUCAUUAAGAAGAUACGUCUUCCUCAACGUGGCAAGAAAUUGCCUUCAAGCAAAUCUGGAAGAACAGGCAGUGAGAAGACAAUUGUGGCACAAAAUGUUGAAAACAAGGAGACUAUUACACCAAUCCAGUCCAACACAACAGUGGGUAACAUAAAAGAAACAAAGUCGCCAACAAUAGCUGAUAGCAGAUCUGUUGGUGCAAUUGAUAUCACAUCUUCCCAGAAAUCAGAUACAGAUGCAGAAAGUGACAAACACAAAAGUCAACCUAUCCCAAGGCCUCGUGUGAGGAAACGUUUCAGUGGCUCAUUCCCAGAUGAUUUUGUAGCUACAGAGACAGCAUCUCGGGCUUCUACCGGAGAAGAGGCACAAGCAACAAGACAAAGUGGACCUUCAUCCGUUUCUUCAAGAACUAGUGCAUUGUCAGUGGAGCAACAGAGUAAAGACAUUUUGCUUCUUCCUCCAGCUGAACAACCUUCUACAUCUAUAGAAGAAGAGACUAGUGUACAGUUGAGGAGAAGUAGAUUUUCAGUUGAGAAAAUUCUUCAAGUGGAAGAUAAUGAGACUUCAGAGAGAACACCAAAAACCUCAAGCUUGCCUGUGCCAAAACCAAGAGUAAAGAAACGUCUCAGUGAUUUGUUCCCAGAUGCCGCAGCAAUUUCUGGCUCACCACCUUCCUGCCAGUCAGACACCAUAGCUGAUACCAUUGAUCCUGAAAUGGUUUUACAAAAUGAACAGUCAAGCUUGCCUGUUCCAUUGCCUCGGGCCAAGAAACGCCUUAGUGCAACUUUUUCAGAUAGCACACAACCCGUAGACAGUUUAUUUUCCAAAGACAUGGAAUUGUCUCAGACAAACCCAAAUGAUAAAACUGUCACUAGUAAGGAAACAAAGGAAGGCUCAGCAUCACUGGAUUCAAGUGUGAUCUCUGAAGGAGGUUUUGUUGCAAUCCAAAGUGAAGAUGAUGUUUCAUUGGAAUUGGAAAGGGAAGUGCUUGCAGCAAUGCAAGAAGAAUUUACUGAAUCAUGCUCUGUAGAAGACACUGAUGAAAUCAUAGAAGGCUGGACCUUUACGGAUGAACCUGUUAUUACAGAUGAACCAGGGAAAGCUACAGAGCCAGUGCUUGAGCAGGUUGACGUUGAAAAAGUCUUGGAAGCUGAGGUUGAUAGGUCACUUGCUUCAACUGUUGCUUCCUCUCAGGAUGACUGGCUGCAUGUAGAGGAUGAUAAAGACAGUGAACUAAUGGAAAUAAACAUAAGGAAGGAAAUAAGGGAUGAAGAGUUGGACUUUGGCUUUGUUUCUGUAGAUGUAGCUGCAGGUUGUUCAGAGAAUCAAAGGCAAAGGGAAAGUGGAGAAGAAUCUGCAGGUUCACCUGUACCUGUACCUCGUGGCAAAAAGCGUUUAAGUGGUUCUUCCCUAGAUGACAGCAAGUCCCAAGUUUCUGCCCUCCAAUCAUCAACAACCCCUCAGAAAAGACCUGCAGAUGGGGCUGCCUCUCCAAAUAGCCUUUCAGCCAAUCCCACCUUGGUGAUGUCUAGUCAGUCUCUACUGGAAUGGUGUCAGGAGGUCACAAAGGAUCACAAGGGAGUAAAGAUCACCAACUUCAGCACCUCCUGGAGGAAUGGCCUGGCCUUUUGCGCCAUCUUACAUCACUUUGACCCAGGAAAGAUAAAUUAUGAAAUGCUGGAUCCGUAUGACAUCAAGCACAACAACAAAAAGGCCUUUGAUGGCUUUGCCGAACUUGGCAUUUCCAGAUUGAUGGAGCCUUCAGACAUGGUCAUGAUUGCAGUACCUGACCGCCUUAUCGUCAUGACUUACCUCAACCAAAUCCGCACCCAUUUCACUGGCCAAGAGCUCAGUGUGCUGCACAUAGACAAGAACAGCAGUGAGUCAAGCUAUGCCGUAGCAGGGGACCGGGAGGGCCAAGAGGAUUCUGAAGCAACUGUUCGCUACUGUGCCCAGAGGCUCCAGGAGGAGGGUAUAAGUCUUGAGACUAAUGGGAGUGUAAGCAGUGCAGACAAGGAGAGUAAAACCAGUAAGGAUGUUGUUCCACCUCCCAGAACAAAACGAUUGCAAGUUGCAGGGGAAGGUGGAGCUCAGUCACCAGUGGCACCGCCAAGGACUCAUUUCCUGUCUAAGUCAGGCUUCUCUCAUGUCAAAGACGCUGAUCUGGUCAAGAAACGUAGGUCACAGCGGAGGAGUGGGUCAGUAGAAGAAGGAGACAUAUCAGUGGCUGUUGCAGCGCAAGAAGAUCAGAGAAAGUCAGAUACUGACUUUGUGGACGAAGAGGAAAGACCAGAAGGCCAGGACCCCAGCCAGUAUGUGCUGAAUCAGAUGGAAGCCCUGGAAGCAGAACAAAAUCACAUUGAUACCAGAGCAGGUGUGGUGGAGAGGAAACUCCGACAGUUACUGGAAACAGGAAGUGACAAGGUGGAAGAGGAGAGGUUGAUUCAGGAAUGGUUCAUGCUGGUCAACAAGAAGAAUGCUUUAAUCCGGAGACAAGACCAUCUGCAGCUACUGUUGGAAGAACAAGACCUGGAAAGAAGAUUUGAGCUGUUAAACAAGGAGCUGAGGGACAUGAUGGCAAUUGAAGAGUGGCAGAAGACUCAGGUCCAUAAGCACAGAGAGCAGCUGCUCCUUCAGGAGCUCGUGUCACUGGUUAACCAGAGGGACGAACUGGUCCACAAUAUGGACGCCAAGGAAAGAGGAGGUCUGGAGGAGGAUGAACGCCUCGAACGUGGCCUGGAGCAGCGAAGGAGAAAGUACGCUAAACAGCAGAAAGAGAAGUGUGUGAUGCAGUGACUCUAUAAACCCCCAGCCUUCAAACGCUGGGUCACCCGUCUGAAAGAAAGUGGGUCAAAGGAAAUAAAAGACUUGACAGUUGUGCUCGAUCCUCCUCGUCCUGCUGUAAAAAUUGAUUGGCAUGGCUUUAAGUUAACAGUAAGGUGACAUUUUAGUCAAACCUGUUACCACAGCUGAUCCGAGGAGGGUGCUACCCAUGAAGAACACGUUACAACAGUGUGGGCUUGCUGUGUAUUUCUAUUGAUAACUUAGAUGUUCCAGACCCAGAGUUGUACUCUUACAAGCGUUAAUUACAGUAUGUUUAGGUCCUGUAUAAAUUGCACUGUUAGAUGUUUGGUUUGCUCUCCUUUUUCGGUGGUCAGAAUGUGGCACCAGGCUCGAUUUUAUAAACUGAAGAUCAAAGCAGUCAGUGCAAAAAUCAUUUUCACAUAUUUACAUUUUUGGACAAUAUAGAAUGCUCAGCACACAGGGAUGUUGACCCGUUCAGCAGAGGAGGUGCCAGUGCCAUUUGCUUUACAGUUUCUUUAGUAUUUUUCUGUUUAUUAGCACUGCUGUUACAUGUUGUGAUAAUGAAUGUAAAGUAUGUUGGAAAAUGGAAAUGUUUGGCCCAGUCAAAAACACUUUAGACUAGGGUGAACAGGGAUUGAUGGUCUUGAAGACUGACAAUAGCACUGACAUGAUGGGAUUGGACCGGCUGAUAACCAAAUGACUAUAGAUCUUAGCUAGACUAGGGAGCCCCAUCAAUAGCCAAAAAGCCCUCCAAAGUGGAUAGCAAAAUACAGUCCGUCAUUUUGUUCUAAAACCACCAUAUAAAUGUCUUUGCUUUUAUUAGCAGGACAUUAUAAUAACAUGACUGAACAUUAUUUUAUUAUACAUUAUAAGUUCCCUUUUCCAUUGGAGUAAGGAUUUGUUAAAUUUAGGCUUAAAGGACUAGUGUGUAGGAUGUAGUGGUAUUUGGCAAUUAGUGUGCUGAUUGCACACAACCAAAAACACCACACCUCCCCCUCCCCCUGUGUGUGCAAGAAAUUACUGUGGCUGCUAAAAAUGCAAAAGGCUAUCUCUAGGAUCAAUGUUUGAUUUGUCUGUUCUGGGCUACUGUAGAAAGAUGGCAGGGCAACAUGAGAGAGGACCUGCUCCUUCUGGAGAUGCUCAUUAUAAGGUAAUGAAAAUCCAGUGAUUUGUACUUACAGAGGAUUAUACACAACUGAAAAAAAAGGAAUAUUUUAUUCCAUUUCUGCCAAUGGGUCUGUCGUACACCCUACACACUGGACCUUUAGAAAGUACCUAAUUAUUACCAAAGGUCAAAAAGAACAGCUGUGGUCAUUGUGCAGCUCAGACUUCUAACUAACUAAUUUCUUUGAUUCAUUUAAAACUUUAUUAUUUAUUUAGACAUAUCAACUGUAGAAGCAGGGACAGUUAUGUCUGCCUCAUUAAUAAGUACUUUAACCAAAGCUAGUCACCUUUAUUAUUACAGCUUUUAACUUCCGUCUGUGUACAAACUGUUGUUUCAGUACGGUAGCAUUUAAACUCUGUGUAAACUGACCAUAAAACUGACAUUUCUGAGACUUGAGAUAAGAGACUUAGUUGCCCCUGAAGAACGAAAUGUGGAUGGGUGGUAAGUAUUUCAACACUUUCAGUGAGUCCUCUCAUUUAUUUUUCUGUACAAGCCAAAUAUUACUGAGCACAAUAUUGAUAUUUACUAAGAGUGAAUUGACAUCUUCAUUGCUUUGAGUGUGAAAUACAGCUUCCUUUUUGGUUUUGUUCUGAGUUUUUACUGUUUUUACUUCAGUAGAAGGAUAUUCUGUAACAUUACUGCACCUGAAAGUUUCUUUUUGUGUGUAAAAGUUUGCAAUUCUCUUGUUUUCCUGACGGUUAUAACCAACAAUUGUAUGGAAUCGUUACAGCUUGUCAGAAGGAUGAUGUUGGAAAGUUUUAAUUUUUGGCUUUUAUGUAACAUUUGCACUAUUUGUAAAGUUUGCAAAAAUACAAAAGAUGUGAAUGCCUUUACACAUCA